CCUUAACUCUGACGUCAGAUCUUGCUUUAAUAACCCCCCCCCCCCCAAGGCUGUGGGAAGAGGCAUAUCUGGUGCUCCUGAUGGGCCAGGCCAGUCUCUCGGCCCAGCUCCCCCGAGAGGCGGCCGGAUCCUCUGGGCUGCUCCGUCGAUGCCUUUGCCGCUGACUUCCAGGCAUGAGGUGGUUCCUGCCCUGGACGCUGGCAGCAGUGACAGCAGCAGCCGCCACGGCCUUCUCUCCAGCCCCCACGGCCAUGGCCUUCACCCCCGUGCCACUGGAGGAUACGUCUUCACGCCCCCAAUUCUGCAAGUGGCCGUGUGAGUGCCCGCCGUCCCCACCCCGCUGCCCGCUGGGGGUCAGCCUCAUCACAGACGGCUGUGAAUGCUGUAAAAUGUGUGCUCAGCAGCUGGGGGACAACUGCACAGAGGCAGCCAUCUGUGACCCCCACCGGGGCCUCUACUGCGAUUACAGUGGGGACCGCCCGAGGUACGCAAUAGGAGUGUGUGCACAGGUGGUCGGCGUGGGCUGUGUUCUGGACGGGGUGCGCUACACCAAUGGCCAGUCCUUCCAGCCCAAUUGCAAGUACAACUGCACAUGCGUGGACGGUGCGGUGGGCUGCACACCCCUGUGCCUGCGUGUGCGCCCUCCACGCCUCUGGUGCCAUCGCCCCCGGCGAGUGAGCAUCCCCGGCCGCUGCUGCCAGCAGUGGGUGUGUGACCACGAUGCCAGGAGGCCACGCAAGACAGCACAGCGCCACACUGGUGCUCUCGCGGCCACAGGUGAGGUGGAGCCCUGGCACAGGAACUGCAUCGCCUACACGAGCCCCUGGAGCCCCUGCUCCACCACCUGCGGCCUGGGGGUCUCUACGCGUAUCUCCAACGCCAACAGCCGGUGCUGGCCUGAGCAAGAGAGCCGCCUCUGCAACCUGCGGCCCUGUGACGUGGACAUCCGUCUACACAUCAAGGAAGGGAAGAAGUGUUUGGCCGUGUACCAGCCAGAGGCACCCAUGAACUUCACCCUCGCCGGCUGCAGCAGCACGCGCUCCUACCGGCCAAAGUACUGCGGGGUCUGCGUGGACGACAGGUGCUGCAUCCCCUACAAGUCCAAGACCAUCGAUGUCUCCUUCCAGUGUCCCGAUGGGCCUGGCUUCUCCCGCCAGAUCCUGUGGAUUAAUGCUUGCUUUUGCAACCUGAGUUGUAGGAAUCCCAACGAUAUCUUUGCUGACCUAGAAUCCUACCCUGACUUCUCAGAAAUUGCCGAUUAGGCAGGCACAAAACACAGGGCGUGGGGCCUGGCCCAGCGUUUGCAAAGCAGCCAGUCCUCCGAGGCCCACUGCUGAGCCUUCUCUGUCCACUUUACACUGACUUCUAACCAUUCUGAUCCAGAUCCUUGGCCCCCUGUCCUGUCUCCAACCCCCCCGAAUGACUCAUUACGGUGCUGCUGGGGCCCAGACUAUGAGGCCCCACCUUAGCAGCAUUCUGCAUAUGCUCCGGAGAAAGUGCUUGUCUCCAGCUGCUCUGGACAAAACCCACGCCUGUCCAAGUCACUGGAAAUCCUGCUGGAUGUCACCUGAGUCCCGAGGAGCAGAAUCAGCUAGGCCUUUAGUAUCACUCAUUCUCGUUCUAGAUGCCAAACCACAAGACUCUUCGGCUCCAUUCAGAAGGACAUAUGGGUCUAGGAUACUGGAACAGUCUGGGCCGUGCCAAGGGACAUGCUAAUUGACAGUUCUGACCACAGCACACCCAAGCAUCUCUGAUUCCAAGGAUCUAUGCACCCUAAGGUCACCAAAUACUUGCCAAGUGAGGUGAAUGGUUGCCUAGUUUUGAUUUUUGGUAGAAAAUUGUGUUCAUUAGCCCAGGCUUCGUGGUUCAUCCCUGUACUAUAAAAGGCACAAAUUGAGUUUGUUCCGCUCACAAAUGCAAUUUGAUAACUUUCAUUCUUAUUCGUGGGAAAAGCUUCCUGUCAAUACUCCAGGGUCAGAGCAGGGUCAGCCAAAUUUCAGAAGAAGUGAGGGACCCUAGCAUGGGUCUGCUGCUGGCCUACAGGACACCCGGCCACUGGCCAGCUCUGCCGCUCAUCCAGAUCCUUCCCCUGCUUGGGGGUUCGUGGGAGUUGGUGAAGACCCUAGGAUGGUCCCUCUGACCCCGGAGCAUGGCAUCCAGGGACAUUCCUCUGCUCUCGCAGAGCCUUUGGAGACCCAGCUGUUGUCGGGCCAGACCCACUUGAAAUAACGAACCAGGUUGCAGGUUGUAUGUGUGUCAAACCAAGAAGUGGAUCCACUCGGCAUCACCCUGGGGCAGCAGGGUCGGGUCACAUCCCAGGCCCAGGACACCUCGGACCCUUUCUACAGACUUCAGGUCUGUCGACCCAGUCGACCCAGUUCUGGUGUGAAGACAGAGGUUCACCAGUUGUUUAGAAACAGAAACAUAUUUAACAGGAUUAAAAGACAAAAGGGGUUGGAGCCUAAAAGGAACAGAAAGUUGUGAUGAGUGGAAAUGAGGCUAUUAUUUAUCUUAUUAGUAGCAUAUAAAUAUUUACUGUUGUAAUUCUUUUAUUUAGUACCUUUUGUGUACCAGACAUCAUUCUCAGUACUUUACAUGCAUUAGCUCAUGGAGAAACGUUGCAAUCAUGUUGAAAAGCACCUGUUAUUACUUCUGUUCUUACAAAUGUGCGAUGGAAGCUCAGAGCAGUAUGGAGCCUUGACCAAAGCCACUCGGCUGGUGACCGGGCAAGUGGGGAUUCUAACCCAAGUUGGGCUGACUUUCUAACCCACUGUAUGGUCCCUACUCUUAGAGCUUCCAAACGUGUCAAGCAGGAAAAUAAUGUCGCACAACUGACUUCCCACUCUUGUUUGUCACCCUUUUUACUGUGUCUCUGGCUCCUUUCCCAAGAGAAGAGGAUCUGACUUUCAGAUAAUUUACGUGCCCCAGCAUCCAGAAAUAUAUGGGUUAGACAAAAACCCACGAAUCUCCUGUGGAUCCUCCCCUCCCUCAAAUCAGAAGCAGCUCUCAUCGUGCAUUUAAAAGAUGAUUUUUGUCUACCCAACGCUGCAGAUGAGGGAUGCUCAGGCUCUUCCUGGGGGAAUUCUGUGUGGUGUGCAAAGGGAUUCUAGAAUAGGACAAGAGGACUGGAAAUGUGCCCUCCUGACUAUAUCCUCCCAUGUGUCUGGCCCAGAACAAGGCAUACAGUGGUGCUCAACAUGUGUUUGAUGAAUAAAAGAAGCUGUGUAUGGUUUCCUACUUUUACUCAGAGGUGCUCUUCUUCCAAAGAUAGGUGCCAAUCUAAUUCUCAUCAGCCAAGUGCCAUAGGGAAUGAGACAUUUAAUAUUUAAAGAAAUGUAUAUUUUCAUUGAAAAAAAAUUCCUGUGUAAAGAGCAUUCAGCCCAAGAAUAGGCUCUCCUAUAAGCCCGUGUGUGGAUCUAUGUUAGAUUUCCUAGAAGUGAAAUUACCUGAAGUCUAUAAAUGACGAGGACCAGAUGACAGCUAACUGCAUUUGAUAUUCAGCAGAAACCCAGGAGCUCCUGAGUUCUUACUGAGUUUGCAUCCCAAUUUGGAAGCAUAGCUUCCAAGAUCCUAGGAAGCCGGGUGGGAGGAAUCUGGGAUUACCCUAGGAGUGACUGGGCCGGGGUGGUCCCAGUUGGUAUUCGUUUUGAGAAAGGGACCUGUCCUUUGCAGGGGAAGUCUUAGCUCCAUGUUUUGAAGUCAAGGGGCAGGCGGUUUGGGACCAAUGUAAGGAAGAUCUUUCUAGCAGCCACAAUCACUCUGCAGUGGUGUGACUCUACUUCUGUAAAAGUUAAGAAUAAUAAUCACAAGGCAAAAAUGUCCCUUUAUUACUUCUUUAAAAGAUUUUAUUUAUUUACUCAUGAGAGACACAGAGAGAGAGAGGCAGAGACACAGGCAGAGGGAGAAGCAGGGUCCUCACAGGGAGCCCAAUAUGGGACUCCAUCCCAGGACCCCGGGACCACGCCUUGAGCCAAAGGCAGACACUUAACCUGCUUAGCCACCCAGGCGUCCCAAAAAUGUCCCUUUAUUGAUUGGUGUCAUCCUGUUUGCUAACUUUUAAACCAUCUUAUUAAUCAUCACAACAACUGUGAAUAAGCCUCUCAUCCCCAUUUCGCAUGUGGAAAGCUUUGAGAUUCAAAGAGGCUCAGAAAUGAGCCCAAACAAGUCGGAGCCCAAAUCCCAGCUUACUUCACUGGGCCUUGUUCUUGGGGAGGCCUCCAGGCAGAGCCUGAAUGACCCCCAACAGAGUGUCUCCUUGGCAGAGGCACCGAGUAGAUGAGAUCGAUGGUCUCUCCAGGCCUCUGUAACUCCAUGUUCCCAGAUGAGGGAAAGAUAUGCCAAAGAUUUGUUAACCUUUGGUGAAGAAAUUCACGUUAGUGCUGAGAGUGAAAUUUCUCUGGCGGGCUUAGAUGGGGAGAGAGAGGAAACCCGCAUUCACCAAACCACUGCUUCUUGUUGCACCUUUACCCUCAGCAUUUCGGCAGCAUCACUGAGUGCCAGGCCAGAGCUAGGUGCUUCACUGCUGUGUCUUAUUUAUUCCUCAUAGCAAGCCUGUGAGAUAUGGCAUUAUAAUCAUUUCCCCGUUUUAGAGAUAAGACCCUGGGGCUUGGUGAGGUUAUUUGCUCAGUGUCUUACCAGCUAGUGAACUGCAGACCAGGAUUGCAAACCAGGGUCAGUCUUACGCCUGAGCCAUCUUUCCUGACACUAAGCCCAGUCAACAUGCCCCCCUCAAUCAAAAGGUACAAGAGAUGCUUUACUGACAACAAAACAAUAACAAUAACAAUAAACUAACUGCAACGUUAAUUUCAAAGUGAUUCAGAGAGUGAGCAAAGAAGGCACAUUUGAAUGACAUGAUUGAUAUAAUUUCAUUAACAUUGUACUGUGUUAGAGAUAAUGGGGAAGCAAUGUAGCCUCUAUUAUAUCAAAUUAGGUCACUGAUUUUUAAAAGACUUAUCUUGAUCCAAAGUAACUGCAAUAAGCCUGCACAGCUGGGACUCAUGAAUGGUUGGAAUGGUCAACUGUGUAUCUCUGCACAUAUACGUAUAUGUGUGUGUAUGUGUAUGUGUAUGUGUGUGUGUGUGUGUGUGUGUCUAUAUCUACUUUCAGACUGUGACUUCCUAUUUAAGUAUUCCUACCGCCAUUUUUGCAAGUGACUAAAAAAAUACAAAAGAAGGAAUGUCUUGGAAUUUCCCAAUAGAGGGAAAAGAGCACUUGGGCAAUCUGUCGUGUUUUACAACAUCCCUCAUUUUUCUCAUGAUUUGCGUGGUGCAGACCAUGUUUGUUCAAUGUGAAGGAUUUUCAUUGCUCAGAUUCCCUGUUUAUGCUUUUCUCCUUCAAGCAAUAAAUCAUCAGCAAAAUCA